AUGUAAUCACUACUAAUCAAUCCAUCAUAGAUGGUGAAACUGUUGUUUCGUCUGGUGGAACCUUUGAACUGGGAUUUUUCAGCCCCAGCGGUUCCUCGAAACAAUAUAUUGGGAUAUGGUACAAACAAAUUCUUCUUCAUGUCCAAACAGUUGUAUGGGUUGCCAACAGAGAAAAACCACUAACAAAUACAUCUUCUGCUGUUUUGAAGGUCAUCAAACCAGGGAUAAUUGUUCUUUAUAGUGACAAUAAUGAAAUAAUAUGGUCCACUAACACCUCAAGAUCAGUCCAAAAUCCAGUAGCACUACUUUUGGAUUCUGGUAAUCUUAUUGUAAAAGAUGCAAAUGAUGAAAAUCCAAAAAAUUUCCUCUGGCAGAGCUUCAGUUUUCCUACAGAUACGCAGUUGCCUGGUAUGAAGCUUGGCAAGAAUUUUAAAACUGGGCAUGAGGCUUACCUUUCAACAUGGAAGAACGAUAAUGAUCCAACUCCAGGGGAUUUCACUCUUCACUUGGAUCCUACUGGAUACCCACAGUUCCUCCUCAAACGCAGCACAAGUGUAUCAGCUCGCUCAGGACCAUGGAAUGGUUUAUAUUGGAGUUGGGCACCCCCACAAUUACUAAACAACUCUAGUAUAGUUAGAGUUGUUUUUAAUGAGAAGGAAGUUCAGGAUACUUAUUUUCCCAUUAACAAUUGGUUAACAAGAUUAGUCCUAACUAGCAAUGGUAAUUUACAAUGCUUAAUAUGGGUGGAUCGGACCAAGAGUUGGAAUAUUUACCUCAAGUUACCUUUGGAUGCUUGUGAUACAUAUAGCUUAUGCGGUACCUAUGGGAGCUGUGACAUAGACAAUUCCCCUCUUUGUGGAUGUUUGGAUAAGUUUGUAGCUAAACAUCCUCAACAAUGGGAAAAAGGAGAUUGGUCAGAAGGGUGUGUUCACAAGACUCCUCUUGAUUGCAACAAGGAACGUGUAUUUCUAAAAUAUCCUGGAAUCAAGUUGCCAGAUACUAACUACUCUAAGUAUGAUAGGACCAUGACACUCGAAGGGUGUAGGCGAGUAUGCUCAAGGAACUGCUCUUGCACAGCUUAUUCGAGUCUAGAUAUAACCAACGGAGACAAAGGUUGCUUGUUUUGGUUUGGGGAGUUGAUUGACAUCAAAAAGCUGUCUGGAAGGGGGAAAGACAUUUAUAUCAGGAUGGAUUCUUCAGAGUUAGCAUCUGAGGCAGGUUCGAAUAUGAAGAAGGCAAAGAUACUCACCGUGAGUUUCUUAUUGUUGAUGGCGAUGAUUCUUCUAGGCCUGAUUCUGUUAUUGUACAUACGAAAAAAACAAAAGAAACUGAAACCUAAAGAAGAUCUUGAGUUGCCUCUGUUCCGAUUUUUGAAAAUAACAAGAGUCACAAAUAACUUUUCAAUCCACAACAAGAUUGGAGAGGGUGGAUUUGGACCCGUUUACAAGGUAACACUGCAAAUUUGCUGCUCAUAUCUUCAAACUCCUGCUGCCCCUUUGUCGAUCCAACACGAUUUCGGCACAGCCGCACAGGGUGUGCUGGCUGAGGGACAGGAAAUAGCUGUGAAGAGGCUUUCAAGGACUUCCAUGCAAGGACUUAAUGAAUUCAAGAACGAAGUUAUCUAUAUUUCCAAGCUUCAACAUCGAAAUCUUGUGAGACUUAUGGGUUGUUGCACACAAGAGGAAGAAAAGAUGUUGAUAUAUGAAUACAUGCCUAACAAAAGCCUGAAUUCGUACAUAUUUGAUCAAACAAAGAGCAUAUUACUGGAUUGGCCAACGCGUUUCAACAUCAUAAAUGGAAUUGCUCGUGGAUUAUUGUAUCUCCAUCAAGAUUCUCAACUAAGGAUUAUCCAUAGAAACCUUAAAGCAAGCAAUGUGUUACUAGAUAUGGAAAUGAAUCCAAAGAUUUCAGACUUCGGAAUGGCCAGAAGUGUUGCAGGAAAUGAGAUGGGAGCAAAAACACGCCAUGUGGUUGGGACAUAUGGGUAUAUGUCCCCUGAAUAUGCAGUAGAUGGGAUAUUCUCAGUAAAAUCAGAUGUGUUUAGCUUUGGUGUAUUGAUGUUGGAGAUU